AUGGCGGUCUCAGCUGUGUCCUUCGUUGUCCGCCUCGCCAUCUUGCUUUCGCUCGUCGCCGUGGGCACCCACUCGCGGUCUGUCGCGGACCGUGACCACGCAGCUGCUUCGUGCACCUCGUGCUCAGAGGAGUCUCGCAAGGCGGCCGAGAGCCUCGCGCGCGAGGCCCUUUCGGCGCUGCCGUCCGUGAAGGAUCCCGCGGCCUGCGAUGUUCGCCUGCAGGCGCUCUUCUGCGCGCUGACGUGCGACUCAGCCGCAGCCAAGUCCCUGCCUUGGGCGCACACGCAUGCCUCGCUGCGCUCACCGGCCUUUCUGGCGAGCGCCCUGACGCUCGACAUGUGUCCCCACACCUGUGCCGACCUCGGGAGGGCCUGCGCCGCCAGCGGGCGCGCCGCCGUGGCGGUGUGCGCGGAUGUGAAGCUGCCUGCACUCCGGCUGCAAGGCAGCCAAGGACCUCGGGUGGAGCUCAAGCUGAAGUCCGCGGCGCGGACAGGCACGACGACCGGGGGCGCAUCGUGCCUCAGCCUGGACGGCUCCGCGGGCGCGGUCGCAGCGGACUCUGGAGACGUGGCACUUUUCGAGACUCGCUUCCAGCCUGUGACGGCGCACGCGUACGUGAUGGACCCCACGGCUGCCUUGCCGGCUGUCUCCGCGCCUGCGCCCCUCGCGCCCGUGUCGCCCCCUGGCGGCGUCCCGACGCCUGUGGCGUACCCUCCGGCAACGCCUCUGGCGGACGUGACAGCGGUUGUGGAUCCGGUGCAGAGCCUGACCUCCGGCCUUCCUCCGGCGCCGCUUCCGCCUUCGAUUCUUCUUGCGUCUCCCGCGGCCGUUCUCCCAGACGUAGGCGCGCGCCUCGACCCAGCGACUGUCCCCGCCUCGGUCGCCUCACCCGCCGCCGUAGCACCGCUCCCGGCUCUCCCUGCAGCCACUCCUCCGGCGCUUCCCAUGACGCAGCCUGCCGUGCCAGCUUCGGCUGCGAGAGCGGCAGCGGCACCAGUCGCCGCUCAGCCUCCAGCGACGCCGACUCCGCCGAUUGUUCCAGUGCCCUCGACGACUGCGCCCGCACCCGCACCGGCGCCGCAGGCCGUCGCCGCGUCGCCAGCGAUACCGACGCCCGUAGCCUCGCCAACUGCACCAGGGACUUCCCAGGUCCCGCCCCCACAGGCCCCGCCCCCACAGGCCCCGCCCCCACAGGCCCCGCCCCCACAGGCCCCGCCCCCACAGGCCCCGCCCCCACAGGCCCCGCCCCCACAGGCCCCGCCCCCACAGGCCCCUCCGGCUCCAGCGCCUGCGCCCACCCCGGCUCCAGCGGCCGAAUCAGCAGGUGUAGCAGCUGCGCCCGCCGGGGGCACGCCGGCAGCGGGAGCAGAGACACCUGCGUCGGACGCUGUUCAGGGCGAGACGGUUGCCGCCGCGGCAGAGCCUGUGGAGGCUAUCGACCAGGCGACUCUGGCUCCAGUCGACGCUGGGGCGGCGGCGAAGGGCGCUUAUCUGGUGGCACGCAGCGCGCAGGUCGAAGCGCGCAGAGUGCUGAACGACGCAGGGGAACUGCACCAAGCUCAGGCUUCUGACGAUCAUGAGAACACGCACGGCUUGUGCACAAGCAGCUGCGCCUGCUGGCCCAUCUGGGCCUCCUCGAUCGUCGUCUUCGUGGUGUACUCGACUGCGACUUUCGCCGCGAUUCUCAUGAUGGCCGGCCUCUUCUCACGCGGCCUUUGGUCCUCGACCUUCUACAAAGGGGGCGGCUACUGGCUCAUCGGCUCGGCACUCCUCGGUGGUCUCACCGGCGGGCUCGUCGGGGGUCUCGUCAGCGAGUGCGUCGCCGGCGGCUUGGGCCUGGCUGCGGGCCUGAUGGCCCUGUUUUGCUCGUUCCUCCUCGUCGGGCGCAGAGGCGCGUGGCUGGGCGCCAUGGGCGGGGUUUUGACAGGGGCUGUGAUCGGCGCGCUCGCCCGCAGUGGGGGGUUUGCCAUCGGAUUGGGAGCGGGCAUUGGACUCCUCGUUGGAGUCAUCGGCGGCUUUGCGCCUGUCGCUCGACAGCUGAAGGUCAAUGAGCGUUACAUCCGCCAGGGCAUGAUGGCGUCUUCUCUGGUCUCCCGAUAUUCCCGGAAGCGAUCCGAGUCUCUGAGGCGGAAUGGAUCCACUCACGAUCACGGCAGCUACAGCCGCAUCGGCUCCGGUGCAGAAGACCAUCGAAACUCGCCCCGAUCGCCUGCGGUAGGCCGCAUGCGCACAGCCUUUCAGUCAGACGCUACCGGCGCGUCUCUGGCCGCUCGGCUGCGCUCUGCCGUGAUGUCCACGUCGCCGCCUGCGAUGGACGAAGACGACAUUUCUGAGCCGGGGCGCCCUGCGGGCAUUCUGAAGUCCUCCGCCGACAACGCCGGCGGACAGUAA